AUGGCGAACAAAACAUGCUGGAUAGUGGUAUUAGCGCGCCACUACCCACAAUUCUCUGUUGGCGGGGACACGCAUGCGUACUUUAUUUUGUUCAGCUGUAACUCGAAAAUGGCGUCAGCCAAAUCGCUGGAGGAAAUGCUGACCACAGAUGUGGAUGAGUCAGUAGUAAGCGAAUUAGUAGGGUCUUUAGAGUCACAACUCUCAUCAUCUGGAAUUCACGCUCCCAAUCAAGAACUCAGCGUCAGUUCAGCAACUACGAAUCACGUCAAUAGUGUGCCAGUUUCGGACGGUCUCCAGCGUCUGCAGCACGAUGGACAAAAACACGGUGUGGCUGCAGCGCUUGCGAAUUCAUGCCCGAGCAUCGUGGUGUCGAACUUUGGAAAGACGAUUGCGACCACGUCUCAUAUUGUUGGCGUCAGUAGUUGCGCGUCUUCUCCGGCCAGUUCAACGAACACAGUGAUGGUGACUUUGCCUGGCGCUCUCCCAGCGAGUGGCUACAUAAACCAAGUUACUGGCACGACGCAGCAGGCUUUGCUGAACACAUCGCUCGUGCGCCCGAUCAGCAACUCGGACAUAAAGAUUGUGUAUUCGCCGCAGGGCCACUUUAACGCGGCCAAUCUGGCUGCCGUCAAUAACGCCGUUAUUCAGCAACGGGGCAAUGUGAAAAUACAGGGUGUUCCGAACGGAAGCACUGCUAUCCGAUCCAGCCCGCAUACGCCCGCCACAACCCCUGGCCUCAGUGCCAUUCAUAAUCUGGCGAAUGUGGCUUCGCAGCAAACGCCUCUCAUCAUCAGUCAACCCACCAAACCACGCAUCGUGGUCGACCCGAAGGAUCCGAAGGCCGCAUUCAAGCCGCAGAUUCUCAUCAAGCAGGAGCCGCCGACCGCCGCCUCGGUGGGCCAAGAGUUCCUGCGCUGCUCGUCGCCCGCUGCGGGCGUCAUUCAGGCGUCGAAGGCCGGUCCGCAGCCCGUUAGCGUUGUCACGCAGGUUGUGUCCAGUCCCAGCAUCCUACCACCGGGCGUGCAGAUCGUCAACGUGAACCCUGGCCGGCCCGGAGCGCCAGGCGUCGUCGGCCAGAAGACGCUGGCGCCCCGGGUCGUCAUUGGCAGCCCUGUGCGGUUGGCUCCGCAGAUGCUAGCUGCCCGGCCAGGAGCUCCGUCCGUUCAGGUAAGUCGUCUUGCCCGUGUUCGCUCGCCUUACAUAUCGAUGAUCGCGCACUCUCUUCAGUCCCGCCGUUUCCACAUGAUGGGCCCCC